CUCCCCUUUAAACGCUGUGACUUUCUCUCUCGUUCUCUUUAUCUCUGAGCUCCACGCACUCGCUCCCACUCACUUGGACCUUUGCCUUCGCUGGAUCCCCGCUGGAUGGAUCCCCCGGCUCCCUCCACGUCGGAUCAUUGUUCCUGCUUUGAAAAAGAUUUUUUUCUUUCCUUUUGAGUAAAAACGCGUGGAAGUAGUUUCGUGGGCGGACACGAGGGAAGACGGAAUGAAGCGUGCAAAGUGGCUGAGGGGCUGAACACAAAAACACACUGGCUGUCUUUAGAACUCCAUUGAGGUUAAAAACAAAGCCGCUAUGGCCAAGUGGCUCAAAGACUACCUGAGUUUUGGCAGCAGGAAGGUUCCCCCACAGCCUCCCACGCCGGACUACACCGAGAGCGAGAUCCUAAAAGCCUACCGCCUCCAGAGGGACCUGGACUUCGAAGAUCCGUAUGAGGACUCGGAGAAUAGGCUCAGGGCUGAAUCUGGGACUUCUGAGCCCUCCACCCCAGUGUACGGCUCGCCCAUGAAGUCCUUGAGCAACAAUGUGAAAUCUCCCAAACACAGACUCAUCAAAGUGGACUCCCAGGACCUUGGGCGAACCAAGAUCCUGCUCAGUGCCAUCUCUUUGGAUGACCAGCAAGAACCUGCCGUGCCAUCUGCUCCACUGGCGGGGGACACAGAUUAUUCGGACCCCUUUGACGUUCGCUUGGACAUUCGACCAGAACCAGAUAUAAGACCGGUUCCCUCAGAGAACAAUAGCUACAUGGAACCAUAUGAGGCCCAGCGAGUCAUAACAGAGCUGCAGCGUGGCUCAGGUGGAGGACGAGCACGGGGCGGGCUACAGCUGUAUGACACCCCUUAUGAAGACAAGCGAGGCCAACGUCCAGGCUUCACAUUCGGAGAAGCUCAAGAAGAGGGCAAGGAGGUCAGCAGACUCCCGCAAGAUGACGAGAGACCCGCAGAUGAGUAUGACCAACCUUGGGAAUGGAAGAAGGAUCAUAUCUCCAAAGCUUUUGCAGUGCAAUUCGACGGACCCGAAUGGGACCGCUCGUCAUCACCGACCGAGCGCUUGCGUCCUCCAGGGCCCAGGUCCAGCCCAUUAAUGGGUGGCGGAGUGAAGUUUCGAAUGCCCCAGGAGGUUCUCACCAUGGUGGGGGAGAGAGUGGACCCAACACAGCCCCUGGAGAAGCAAGUGUGGUACCACGGUUCACUGUCUCGGUCUGAGGCCGAGUCGCUGCUCACGUUGAGUAAAGAGUGUAGCUACCUGGUGAGAAACAGCCAGACCAACAGAUGUGACUACUCGCUAUCCCUAAGGAGCUGCCAGGGUUUCAUGCACAUCAAGUUCACGCAGUGCAAGGAUGGCAAGUACGUGCUGGGACACAACAGCCCGCCGUUCGACUCCAUCCCUGAGCUGGUGCACUUCUACACGACGCACAAACUCCCCAUCCGUGGCGCCGAGCACCUGUCGCUGCUCUUUCCUGUGCUGGUGCAGACGCUCUGACUCUGAAAAAGUUUUUGUUGAGAAACUUCAAACUCAUUCAUCUGGGUUAUUUUUGGACUGGACCUUUCACUGCUGUUCUGCCUGUGCCAAGCAUUGCUAACAUCCAAGGAGAUGGAUUCACCGAGAAGCCAGUACCUGAACUCUUCUUUCCCUCUCUUGCUCUUUGUCAUCUCCAUGGUAAACCAGGGGUGACGGACUUCAGGACAUCAGAAAUUUUCAUUUUCUUUUUUUUUUGGAGGGGGGCACAUCUGUCACAGAUUAAAAAGUCAGUGGCACCUUGGAAGAAGUAGGUCGAGGUUCAGUUUGCAGAGGAGAGCCUGCCGAAGAAUGAGAUUCAAUUACUGCUGUUCCACCAAAAAUAGCCACCCCAUUAACACUGGUUGAAUAUUCUUAUUGUCAUAUUUUUCACAUUUAUACUAGGAUCAAUAAAUGGAACUAUAGAGAUGAUGGGUGCGUUUUUU